AUGUUCUGCUCAAAGAGCUCCAACAUGGCUGUGCUGCAAACCGUAAUAGCAAGUCCUCUCAUUUCCUCCUCAUCCUUCACAGGGUGUGGAAAACCAAUCAACUCUCCACGAAUUGUUGGUGGCCAACCAGCCUCAAAUGGGUCGUGGCCCUGGCAGGUCAGCAUUUUACAGAGCUUUUAUCCUAUUUGUGGAGGCUCCCUUAUAGCCGAGCAAUGGGUGCUCUCAGCAGCUCACUGCUUCUUCAACAGGUGAGUAUCUGAUGGGUAUUGCUGUACAGCCGUUAUCAAGUGUCACCCAAAAGACAGCACAAGGGCAGGCUAAUAUCCUCUGCCUGCCUGUCAGCUACCUGGUGUCUCAGGUGUACAAUACAUUUAAUGCAGAACCAUGUCACUUUAAAUAGUCGUGGCUUCCCCCCCCCAAAAAAAAAAAACCCUGGGGACCGUAGUAUGUUACAGGUGCUCAGAGUUGUUAAGAGACUCCUGAGCUACAGUUCUCAGAAUGGUUUCAAAAUCCAUCCCUCUUCCCAGGGAAUUGAGCUCUUGGAUUUAUAGUUCUUUGGGGAGUCCAGGGUUAGGGUGAGCAGCAGGAACUCAAAAGUCAGUAUUGACAGAUCCAUCUGUUUGUUUGUUUGUUUGUUUGUUUGUUUGUUUUGCCCUUCUAUUCACAGUAUGGGGUCCCUGCUCCAAUACAAUGUCCUCCUAGGUGCCUAUCAGCUCUCAAACCUCUCAGAUAAUGCGGUGAUAUCUGACGUGGAGCAGAUUAUCCUCCACCCUGACUACAAUGGCUUGAGUGGAUCCACUGGAGAUAUUGCUUUAAUUAAGCUGAAGUCCCCUGUGAAGUUCACCAACUACAUCCUCCCCAUCUGCCUGCCAGAGUCCUCUACACAGUUCCCUUUGAACGAAUACUGCUGGGUGACCGGAUGGGGAGAUAUUCGAUCUGAAGGUGAGGGGUGUUCUUCAAAAGGCUCAUUCAGACUCUGGGGCUCAUCCUGAUUCACCUGCAUAAGGCUUAAAUAGUGGUUAAUAUUACGGGCGCCUGCAGACUGGUGUUUCUUUGAGUUGUUUGCGCUAUAAUAGUGUAUUAGUGGUAGAUUUAUACAGGGCCAUCCACACAUGAUUCCCCUUUCGCCAUUUUUCUGCAAUGCUUCUCAAAUGUCUUAUCAUUCUUUUACACUAUAGUGCAACAGAAGUAGGACCAAAGGGGAAAAAAAGAGUCCCUGUACAUUUGUGGUAUCAGAAGUUAAAGGAUUUCAGCAGGAAGUUAUAAAACAUGCACCAAUGGGAAAUGAAGCAGUAUGUCCACCCCAAAACUUUUGCAGACGCAAGCAGUAUUGAAAGUGGAAUGCACAAUAAAAAUGAUAUCCAGAAGGCCCCAAUUCUAGUCCUUCUUGAGCAUUCAGUCUCAUUUGGUUAUGGGGCAGCUCCAAGGGUUUAGGUAUAAGCAAUUUUUGUGCAUGCGCAGAACACCUGGAACUGAACGCCUGUGCAAGAUGUGAUCAUACUGCACUUGGAAUCCCCAAACCUAACAUUCUGGUAUGUGCUUGAAUCUCUCCCACAAAAUGCUGACACUCUGGAGGCAAAUUCAGUGGCAGAAUUUUCAUGCCAUCAUUUUCCACAGUGCUUUACAGUAUGAAUUGGGGGGAACAGCUCCCUAUCCCAAGGACAAUCCCAACAUUUCCAUGGGGAAAGAAGGAGGCAUGGAAUAUUACAGAUGGGAGAGAAAUUUGAUUCCAUUUUCUUUUAAGACAAACCUACCUAAAUUGCACUUUCUCCAAACCAUACUCAAACGGAAAUAUUGUCACCCUCUGAAUUUUGUUAUGCAGUUCAGCAGCCAAGUAAUGUGUACAAAAAUGCUGGGGUAAAGUCUGUAUAAAAAUGCAUGGGUUAAUGAAAAUGCAUGCAUAUAUUAGGAGAAAAUUGCACUGGGGUGCAACUGGAUUUUCAUGAGGAUUUCUUUUUUGUAAAUGCAAUUUUUAAAUUUCCCAAGGUCCAACUCUACCAUUAGGCAGAGUGAAGCAGGUGCCUCAGCUGGCAAGCCCUGAGAGAUGUGAAACAGCCAUGUUAUCUGACUUUCAUUCCAAAGCUCACCUGCUGCUCUUAGGUGUAAAGGAAGCCCAGCCGGCCCACCGGUGAGGCAGGCUGCAGCAGCUGCCUCAGGCAGCAGAACACUAAGAGGUAGCACCCCUGCAAGUGCCCCACAGACUCCACUACUGGCAUAGAAGCAGUGGUGGUGACAGCUUUCAAUGAGAUCUGAUGAGACCUCACCCAAACCUGCCAUCGCUGCUGUUACCCAGGUAACAGAGGAUUUGGCAGGGGGUGGCAGCAACAUUGGCACGUUCCGGUUUUUCCUCAGGAGCCAAAUUGGGACAUGCCACCCCUGAGUGAAAUAUGAUGUCCCACUGUGCAUGUCAAAGAAAGCACCAGUAUGGCCGUCCUCUGCACAUGUCAUUCUCUGUACACCCACCAUGCACUCACUGCUAAAAGUGCAUGUGUCUCAAUGCACUUGAAUUAUUCUGCCUCUGCCUUCCAUGACUGCUUUCCAUUUCUCUCUCUCUCUCUCUCUUCCAGUGCCUUUGCCAGAUCCACGAACCCUCCAGGAAGUCAAGGUGCCACUCAUAAUUCGAGAAAUCUGCAAUAUUCUCUAUAACAGUCGCCCAGUGCUAGGCCUGGGCUGGGAUCCUAUCAAGCAGGAUAUGAUCUGUGCUGGUUACCCAGAAGGUGGGAAAGAUUCCUGCCAGGUAGGUUGUUCCAUGACCUGUUCUUCAUACAGCCAUUGCAGGUGGUAGACAAAGGCAGGCUCUGGGGUGGUGGCAUUUGUAAACCCCUUAUGUCAUUAUCUAUGAACUUACAUUGUGUGAAUAUAGUACUUGGGGAAUUGCUUACUAAUUUGGCUCUAGCUAGGGAGAUGGUACCUGACAAUUUUUCAGAUUCUCCCAUUUUUCAAAGUGUUAUUGCUUUUGCUUCAUCUUAAAUAUUGUGAUGCUGCUUCUUUGGGCAAUACCCCAAAUAUUGCAGGUGCCAGAGGCAGGCAGAAUCAAUAAUAAUAAUAAUAAUAAUAAUAAUAAUAAUAAUUUUAUUAUUUAUACCCUGCCCUUCCCGGUUCAAAAACCAGGCUCAGGGUGGCUAACAACAAAUUUAAAACACUUUAAAACACUUAAUUAUAAAAGCGGCAUAAAAUACAGUAUAAAAACAUGAAUAACAAUAAAAUUCAAAAAUCAAUUAGAUAAUCCCCAGGGCUAGCUGGCUGAACUGGUCCUACUUGGGCCAAGGGAGAAUUAGCUGUGGGGUCUCAGAGCGGGUGAUCUUCAUAAAACACUAGAACUAUCUUGUCCAUUCAUGCCUUAGGUGAUAAAGAUUUAUUAUUAUUUUUUAUUCAAUUUUACAAUUAACAUUUACAUUCAAACCAAAAUCGUAAUCAUAAACAUAUAGUAGCCCCUGAAUCCUUGGACUUCCCUCCAUGGGUUCCAUUGUUAAUCUUUUUCAACUGCAUCGUAGUAAUGUUCUCUAUUUUUCCGUAAAAUCUCAUUCUUACCAUAAUUCUUGUUACAUUACAAGUGUUGUUAAAAUCCUCCCUUUACAGUGUUCUCCCAGGUAACUUAUAAAUUCCCCCAUUCUUUAUUGGAUUUAUUGCCUUCUUGGUUUCUGAUCUUCCCUGUUAUUUUCACCAUUGUGGCAAAUAAAGAUAAAGAUUUAAACCAGACAGUGGGAACUGGUCCACACUUCUGCUUGUGUAAGAGGUUUUCUGCUUGUUCCAUGAUUUGAGGCAUAAGUGGUUUUUUGUCUGUCUUGCCAUGUUCCACGGGAAAACCUACUGUUUACCGCUAACAUUAAUCCGCAGAAAAACAUACUGACGUUCAUUCCAAUUCAGUAAACAGCACGUUUUCCUGGGCGAGAGUGGUGGGACAAGCCUAGUUUGUGGAUGAGCCUGGAUAUUGCUCAGCUACAACUCCCGACACCCCUUACCAUGGGCUGGAACUGUUGGGAGGUGGAUUCCCCCAUCCCUGAUUAUUGCACUGAUUUCAGCUGCUUCACCGAAUCAGGAUUCAGAAUCUAAUGUCAGAGUGUUCAGCGUAGAUCCUCUGCUACCUCCCAUCUCUUUCUCCACAGGGUGACUCUGGAGGACCUUUAGUUUGCCAACUUGAAGGAGUUUGGACCCAGGCUGGGGUUGUAAGUUGGGGAGUUGGCUGUGGUGGAAACGACCACCCUGGUGUCUACACCUUAGUGCCUUUCUAUGCCAACUGGAUCCAAGACAAGAUGAGUGGUAGAAACGGGAGUGGUGGUAAAAGCGACCAACUACACAACGCCCGUGUUGUGACAUUCACUUUGGUUUCUCUUCUGCUAGCCCUUCUGUGAAAAACCAAUCUAUUGGCUUUCCGUCUUACCUAUAAUUGCCUGGAAUAUUUAGGCUGCUGGAGGACUCUGUUUAAAUCACCACAUGCAGUAGAUCCAGGGAAACCCACCCCUACUUCUCUCUGAUUCAUACAGGCAUUAGCCUUGUCACAUUUCAAUUCCUUUCUAACCAUUUGAUCAUAGUUCAGGCAUUGCGUGCCCAGGCGGAGAAGAGAGAGGCCAUCAGAAGGAAUAAUAACUCAUGACAACAUGUUAUGGAAUUAAAAUUGGCUACAAGUUUAUUAAACCUUUUAGAUGUAGGAACACCUUAGCUUAGGCAUUGGGCAUGUAUCCCUCCCUGCCCCCCAGCUGGAGAAUUGGGGCUCCUCGGAGUUAAUGGGAUAGGGGAGGGUGCACUGCAAGACACUUGUGUACACAGGCAGCCUACCCCAUAUCUGUGCAACGCAGGGGAGUUCACUGACAAUCUUUCAAUGUAUGACCAGUGACUCCCUUUUCACAAACCCCUUUAAGAGGGAACCCUGGAAUCACCGUAGAAGGAGGGGGGGUUAGUCACCACUUCACGUCCACCCCCCAUUUAGGGAAGAUAGACUAAAGGAUUCUGCCCAAGGCUUAAAAGCCACCAAAAUUGUGACAAUUGCUACGGGGAAGGCAAUUCCUUCCCGGCUCCUCAACAGCAACCAUCAAAAGACCCUAGCAACGCCCGCUGAACAGGAAGGAUAAUGGUUAACCUGCAAUCAAGCAUUAUACAAAGGGAGAGUUGGGUGAGUGAAGCUCCGGAGCUGACUGCAUGCUUGCUGCUGGCUCCGCCUCCCAUUUAUGCAUCUCAAGCGGACCAAUGGGAAGCCUGCCCAUUCAAGGUCCGCUCGGCUGGCCCCACCUCCAAAGAAGCCACUAAAAGGUUUUAACUGGGGUUUGGCAGGAACUUCCAAUGGCUGACGACAGGGAGGUGGGCCAACAGAACAGUUGGUGAGUCCCACGUGGCUCGGGGGUGCUGCAUGCAGUCCCGCAAGGGGACCCACAAAGGGAGGUGUGAGCACUCAUUUAUUAUUAAAUUUUGAUCCCACCUUCCCUCCAUGGAGCUGAAGAUGGCAUACAUGGCUCUCCUCCUCCCCAUUUUCAUCCUCACAACAACCCUGUGAGGUAGAUUCAGCUGAAAGUGUAUGACUGGCUCAAGGUCACCCACAGGCUGACUGGAAAUUUGAACCCUGGUCUCCAAGGUCCUAGUCCAACACUCUAACCUGGACAUCUUACUGUUACACCCAAAGAACCCCAGGAUUGUCACCUGGAGAAGAAGCUGAGAAUUUUCCAUCCAUGGACAUCAGUUGGAAGCUAUGAUAUUUCAGACUUCUACAGUGAUGCUGGAAGUGAUGCCUGUCGUUCUGUUCUUAAAAGAAAAUUAACAUUUUUAAUUUACAUUUUUAAAUGACGUGGAAACAAGUGGUAGAUAAAUUCAGCCCCUAGGACAAGACAUAAUAAGUUAUGAACUUUAAAUUGAAUUUCUUCAGUCACUUGAUCUUUUAUUUGUGAUGUUUCAGGGUUUUAAAAUUAUCAAUAAAUUAUUAUAAAAUACUUUCAAUAGUUUUAUUGCUUUAUUCUUUGUAUGAUUAUUUCUUCUUCUUUUCUCUUUUAAUAUUUGUAUGUAUACACAAAGAGAAAGAGAAUGUUUUUAUGUACUAUCUCUGUCUGCUUCAACUACCUCCAUUUCUUCAUGCUUUGCUCAGCUUUUUCCUCUUCUUUCUGCAUCCUGCAUGCAUGUAUAUUCAGUGGUUCCUUGGUUCUCGAACAUAAUCCGUUCCGGGAGUCCACUCAACUCCCAAAACCAUUCAAAAACCAAAGCGCGGCUUCCAACCGGCUGCAGGAGCUUCCUGCACUCAAUCGGAAGCCACGGAAGCCACAUCGUACAUUUGGGUUCCAAAAAACGUUCGCAAACCGGAACACUCACUUCCGGGUUUGUGGCAUUCGGGAGCCGAUUUGUUCAGGAGCCAAGCCAUUCAAGUACCAAGGUAUCACUGUACUGAGUUAGACCAUUGGCCCAGAAGUUGUAGGAAGGGGCAGAGGCUAACAGAAUCACUAGAACUACCUCACCAGUAAAUGCCGGAGAUAUAAACCAGACACUGGUAACCUCUGACCCUCCAUUGUUGCUGGUCAGCAACUCCUACCAUUCCUGACCAUGGACCAUGCUGGGUGGAACUGCUGCGAGGCAAGGCCCAACAACAUAUGGAGGGUUUCAGGUUCCCCAUCCCUGAUUGAUACACUUAUUCCAUCUCCUUUACCUUGUUUGGCUCUGGUGUCAUUGUGGGAUCUAUCUCCCAUAUCUUUCUCCACAGGGUGACUCCGGGAGAGCCUUAGUUUGCCAGCUCAAGUUGGACCCAGGCUGGGGUUGUGAGCUUGGGAAGAGGCUGUGAAGGCAUCUACAUUUCAGUGCCUUUCUAUGGCAAGUGAAUACAUGACAGUAGAAACUGGUUUGGUAAACAAAAUGGCUGACCACCCAACGCCCCAUGUUGUGACAUUCACCUUGGUGUGUCUUAUUCUAGCUCUUCUGUAAGAAACCAACAGCCUUUUAGUCUCCCAGAUAACAACAUGGGAUAUCACAAACUGUUCACACAUUCAGCAACAAUGACUAUCUGAAUGGGCAGUAAUCUGGGGAAACAAAUGAGACUAGCGGAGAAAUUCAGUUCUGUUCACAUUUAAAGGCAACCCUAUAUAAUUUACACUUUCCAAAGCAAUACACACACACCAAAAUAUGAAUAUGUACAAAAAUGCAUAUAUUAAAGUGUGUGUUUAAAUGCAUAUGUUCACAGAAAUAAUGUUUUUUAAAAUGCAUUAUCUUAGAGAAAAUUAGUUUUGCAAAUAUGUGCAUAUUCAGAGACACACUAAAAUGCUGAUGAUUUUCAUGAUCCCACACAUAUACAUGGAAAAGAAAAGUGGAAAUAUUCCACACUCUAAUGCUAAGUUUAUUUUCAGGAUUGACACACCGGUAUAAAGCCCUGUGUCUGUGCAUACAGCCUCAAUAACUGUCAAGCCCUUACUUAUCAAAUUAAUUUCCUUCACAUUUUAAUGCACAUCUGCCUGAAUUUACACCAACUAAACCAAUAUGUAGAUCAAAACUCAGGUAUCUACUUAAAUUCACACUUCUCCAAAUGCAAUUCUCCAUACUACCCCUCCCCCCCAAAAAAUCCAAAACCACAAAGAUGUGUAUAUUAGGUGGAAAUGCAUAAAAAUGUGUGUGUUAAUUAAAAUAAUGCACAUCAUGCAUUAUAUUAGGCAAUUUUUUUGCAAAAAUGCAUGAAAAUGCACAGAAAUAUUUGUGAUGUUUUAAAAACUGCUGCAGAGAUUGAUCAAAUUGAACAUAAAACUGGGGGGGGGGGGAGAAACUGAUAGAAACCCCAACUGACAUGUUUAGCCAUCUCUACCAAUGAACCAUAUACCCUGCAGAACCUGGCCAGGCAAAAUGGGGCAGGGGUACUUAGUUCAACAAAAUAUGUUUCUGCCUCUGCAUUACCGUCUGGUAAAUGGGUUGACUUUUGGUGUCACAAGCAGGAGAGGGCUAUUGUCUUCAUAUCCUCCUUUUGAGGUUCCCUAAUGGCAUCUAGAUGGCCACUGUGGGAACAGAACGCUAAACUACAUAGGCCUCUGCUCUCACCUAACAGAACUCUUCUUAUAUUGCUUACAAAGCACAAUGUUAUCUUAAUAAUACAGCGCAGUGUUCAGCUUUUUUAUGUUGCUGCUAAACCAAAUUGAUCCCCUGAAAAUUGCCCUUUAAUUAAAAGAUCAAAAAUGGAGCAAGUUCAAUUGUCUCCUCAGGCAACAGAAACUGAAGAACAUCCUUCAAUAAAACUUGGAAUUCCACGGAAAGGGGGUGGCCCUGGAAAGAACAACUGGGAGACAGAGUUCCCUGAGAAGAGGGGUUGAUAGUUAAAACAUUCUGUAAAUUAUUUCUCUAUGAAAGGGUCUCUCAACAAUGCUCUUAACACACUAGAGCUCUUUGAGAGAAGCCAUGACUGUUAAAGCGGUGCAAUAGUGCUUUCAAUAUACAGUGUGAAUGUCUCCUGAAGCAAAGAACAAAAUGGUGGCCCCCUCCAUUCCAGCUGACUGGGCUGGAAGUUGGCUCUUCAGCCUUGGGGGCAGGAUAGAGUCCUCCACCUCACCUCAGAGCAGCGUGAUAGCCCAAGGGGCAGAGAGCUGGUUGUGUGGCACACACAGCUAUGUCCUCCAAUAGAGGAGAAUAGCUAGAGGGCCAGGAGGAAUGGCAGGAGAACUACCAGCACUGCCCCAGGCAUCUGCCACCCAAGGAAGCCACCUCAAUCUGUCUAACGGUAGGGACAUCCUCUGCAUUUGCGCAAUUGCUGGCCGUGUGUCUAGCUGGACUCCCAGAAAUACUCACUCGUAGCCAGGUAGACUGACAGCCUGACUUCACUACACGAGGCCACUUUGUGCGUGUCACAGGCACUCUGCACAUGCUGAGUCAAACUCUUGGCAGGCAGUUCAAAAUGAAAAACAAAAAUGAAUGAUGGCGUCUCUUUGUUCGAACCAGGAAGCAAAUGUCUUUAUUUGAAGUGAUUUAGGUGUGGUGUAAUUGUACGGAAAGAAUGAGAUUGAGUAUUUAUAGAAUGUGGUGUGUGUGUGUGUGUGUGUUUUCCUCCUUCUCUCCAAAAUCAACAACCUUUCAUGGUAUACAGUCUUUCCAGACAGGUGCGUCCAGAAAGAGCCAGGUAGGGUGCUGCAGCGAAUGGAGAACGCUUGUCUUCCUGGAGAGGGGAGGUGGCAGCGUUGAGGAGAGGUCAGUAGCAUUUAAGGGGCGAAUUGCAGGAACAUACAGGAAACUGCUUUAUCCUGAGUGAGACUUUUGGUCCAUCAAGCUCAGUACUGCCUUCACUGACUGGCAGUGGCUCUCCAGGGGUUCAGGCAAGAGAUCUCUCCCAGCCCUACCUGGAGACGCCAGGAAUUGAACCUGCGACCUUCUGCAUUCACAGCAGAUGCUCUAGCCCCAAGCUAAGGCCCUUCCCUCAGAGGGAAGGUGGGUGGUCGAAGGAACGUCAUCAGACCUCUGUUUAAGCCAUGUGCUUACUCUGAAAUUAACUUCCAUCUAUUUAAGCAAUGAGCUCAGACGUUUCUCUCCAUAGAGGUUAGAAACGCCGUCUUUGGAUUGAAUAUUAAACCACCUACCUGCUAAUGCAGCCAGGAAGGAGACCAUAAAACAGACAGGCAGAAAUGUAUAACUUUUUAAUGGUUAAUUCAUAAAGGGAAGUACCCUGAAUUAUGCUUCAGCUAUGGGAGGGAAGGAGUAUCUAGCAGUUAAAGUGACAGGGCUCCUAUAUGCUGCAAAAGGAACAAACCCUUUGUUCUGGGAAAUCAUUGUUUUGCCCGUUUUUGGUUUCGGGAGAUGACACUAUUGUACUUUUAAAGCACAUCCCACCACAACCGCUAAGGGUCCUGGAAACUGGAGUUGGGAAGCAUUUUGGGAAUUGUAGCUCUGUGAGUUCCCAGAACUCUUGGAGGUGGGAAAUAUGUUUUAAAUGUGCUUUAAAUGUAGUGUGAGUGAGUGAGUGAGUGAGUGAGUGAGUGUGCGUGCGCACACACACACAGCCUUAAAGUGAAUUGUGAGCCUUGUCAUUCUUUUUCAUUGCACAUCUCUCCCUUCAGGGGAAGUAAGGAGGACGCAGGGGGUGCAUAUUUUCUCUACCUCAUACCUGUUUGCUGUACACAGACAGCUAUUUUGCCUGCUGCGUCUGCUGCAGAAUAAUGGGAAGGAGAACUUGAGCUCUGUUUGGGCCGUCAAUUGUGCAGGAGGCCUGGAGGGCGGGGACGGAGGGUGCCCCCGGCACCAGAACGUCCUUGCACCUGCCGGCGUCACAGGGCAGGUAGAGUUUCAACAGGGACGGCCGUGCCCAAUCACAGCAUCUCACUGUGGAAUGUUUGCCGCAGGAGCUCUGCCAGAAAGCUCGGCCACACCAGCAUUAGGACUGGGGAGCUGGGAGAUCUCAGGUAAUUGAGAGAGAGCCAGGAGUUUUACUGAGCGGCCAAGAGGAAGGAUUCAGGGAAGCCGGGCUUCUAAGUUGCAUCUCCACCCCCAGAACUCAGGGAGGCUCCUGUGAGCUCAGGGAAGAGGAAAAUGCCUCCAGCCCUUCCCUUUCACCUUUGGACAUGAAAUUGUAUAGCACAGGUGACCGAAACUGAAGCAAAACAGCUUUCCCCAGGAACUGGUUGGAGCAGAACUAUCUCGAGGACCCAGCAAAAGAAGGACCACUGAAGCAAGCAGACAAAGGGGGGAGCCGAUGGCAGUUGUGCCCUCCUCCCUGCUGCUGGGGCUGCUGCAACUGAUUGUGCUGAAAGGUGAUUGAUGGGAAGAUGGGGCGAGGGGGGCGGGAAUGAAUGUGGGAGUCAGUCUCUUAGGUUUCCUGCAUCUUUAAGAGAAGUAAGAUGGAGGACGGUGUAGAAGGGAGUCUUUGAGUAAUCAGUGACACAGGUGAAACAAAGAUACAGGGUCUGUGGCAAGUCAAGGGUGAAUGCAGGCUGUGUACAAACCACACAAUUAAAGUGCACACACACACGCACACACACAUGAAUCCUGGGAACUGUAGUUGUUAAAGGUGCUCUGUAAAGGGUAAACUACAGUUCUCAGGAUUCUUCAGGGGGUGCUUUAUCUGUUUGAUUUGUAGGCAGAGGACUCUUCCCCCAUUACCAUCUUUGAUGUGUAAAAGAAAAUGAGACCACUAGAGAGUCAUAUAUUCAGCCUUCUCCUUUAUGGGGAGCUGGUUCAGUUAGAGACACUCUGCACACUCUCAGGUGCACUCACAAAGGGUGAAGAGAUGUGGACAGUAUAUGUGGUUAAGGAGAUUUUGACAUGCAUUCACUGUAUUCUAAAACAUUUGUUUUCCGGACAGAGAAUCUGUUUUCAAAAGCCAUUUCGAGGCACUUAGGAUCUAUGUCUGUCUUCUUCCCUCCAAAAUGUGAUGAGACCUUGGGUGCAUUCACACCUGGGGAAUAUUGCAUUAGUUUUCCUGUUUUUAUAAUGCUAGAGAUUCUGCCCUGUUUCUUAAUGUUCCUUUCCCACUGAAGCACAUGCUGUGUUAUGGAACUGUAGCUUUUUGACCAAUAUACCGGCAUGUCUUGCCCAAUUGCAUUCACACCAGUGGGUGUGUACAACACAACAAACAAUGUCAUCAGGCAGUACUUCUACUUCCCCACCCCUUCUGCACCCCUUCUGUUCCCCCAUUAUUCUCCCACAAAAACAGCAGGGCAUCACUGUAUGCUGAUAUACUGCCCCAAAUUCCAUCACUUUACGUCUGUGAUUUUCAGGGUUAAGGAGGCUACAAACAGAUUUUUUUUCUGGAAUCAAAUAACCCGGAAAUGAGCACUAAACAUGUGCUAUAUUCCAUUGUUUUUCUGAAAAUGGCUUUUAUACCAUGUGAAAGCUCAGAUGUGGAUAUUAACAGUUAGGAAAACAUCAGGAAAAUGGAACAAACUAUCUUGUGAUUACAGCCCUUGUUCAAAUUCAUAACGUUUUCAGUCAUCUCAGCAAUUGGGGGGAGUAUAAUUUCUGCAUUAUCUUAGUCUGUUUAUUAACAUAUUCAUGUCUGUGGUAAAUUAAAAGAGGAGGAUGUGGAAUGCACUUCUGUUUUCAGGAUUAUUUAGCUAUUAAUUUUCCUUCCCAUUAGCCAUGGAACUGAAGGUCACACGAGCAGGGUUAACCGGUGGUCUCUCAUCCGAGCACUGACCCCACAUAGUCCAGCUUAGCUUCCGCAAAGUUUCUGUAUCCUGUGCCUUUUUCAAGCCAUGCCCUUGGCAAUAGCAGUCACAGAGGCAGAGCAGAAGCAUGUAGUUGGUGUCCUGUCAACUGUGUUGCCUUACCCCCCCACACACACACACACCCAAUACAUUGCAGUGACAUUGUUGACGGCCAGUCAGAUAAGUGCCACCUCCCUGGCCCUCCAACUUCUACUACCUGGGAUGGGCAGGGUCAUCGUGACAAUUUUCCUCUUAUGCACACAUCAACUUGUUCCUUUGACAAGGAAGGAAAACACAUCCUCCAAAGUGCAAAACUUGGAGUGUUUCCAGAUGAACCUUUUAUACCAUUACCCAAACAGUUUCAUUGCUGUGUUUGCACCAUGACAUCACCAUCAUUUUUUUACAAUCACCCUGCCCAUAUCUGACAUUUAUGGAAGAUCUAGAGCAUUAGCACAAAAAUAUUUAGAUGUGGGUGUUUGUUAAAAAUUGAAUCUUUUUAAAAUGGAAGCUGGGUGGUAUGGUUCAUCAAGGAGUAACUAACCCCACACCCAGACACCCAUGGCUGCACAUCUUCACCCCAACUUGCUUCUCCUCUCUAAAUUUCACCCAAGCUCUUUUUGUUUUGGCUCCUUGAGAUAGCCAGACAUGCUUUCACUUUCAUUCGUACAAAUAUUGGUCCUGCAGAGCCCUUUGCUCAGGACCACUAAGUAGUCGUGAAUGUGAACAAGUUCCCACAGCUUGCUGAUUUAAUGUUUAACUUUAACUGAAGACCUUCCAGCAUUCUGCUAUCUCUUAAUGAUGAACCGCUGUAAUAAUGUUCUGACCUUUAGAACAAAGAGAUAUCUUCCAGUUAUAUUUCAUAUGUGUCAUUUUAUAGAAUGCAUAGGCUGGGUUUCUCGAUCUUGUAAUGCAAAUUAUGGUGCGUAUGUACCCUUGCAAAACUUACCCUCUUUCGUGGCAAACCUGUUGGGAAUCUGAGGUGAGAUACCCCCACAGUAAACGUUGUUCCCAGAACCAGUCACCGCACACAAUCAAGAGAAAGUUUCAGGUAGUUUACUCCUGCAAAAGAUAAGGCUCAAUAAGUUCUGGCUGUAGAUAUAUACAGCUUGUAGGCUUUUGCAGAUGUAGAUAUACAGUAUACAGAUACAGAUACAGUACAUACAAGUACAAAGUUACUCUGUUGCUCUAAAUAAGUUCAGCAAUUCACUGAACAAGUAACACUGACUAAUAGGCAAAUACACCUGAGAUGACAUGCAUUAAUCACAGAUAUAGUCCAAGAUAGUGGCCAUCGCUGCCUCCUGGGGAAGCAGAUCCCAUAGUUUAACUAUGUGCUGCAUGAAGUCAGGAGUAUUAAUUUUCUAACAAAAUUGGACAGGGUCUUCCUUCUGCUCUUACCUACAAACUUGUUUUUGUGCAUUGUCUCUUAUUUGAAAUAUAUUUUCUCUUUUUUUCCCCAGAUGUUGCUAGCUCCGAAGCAGGUAUGUAAUAUAUUGGAAACUAUUUCUGUACAGUGGUACCUCGGGUUACCCAGAAAUAGUACCUCGGGUUAAGAACUUUGCUUCAGGAUGAGAAGAGAAAUCAUGCGGCAGCAGCGGGAGGCCCCCUUAGCUAAAAUGGUACCUCAGGUUAAGAACACUUUCAGGUUAAGAAUGGACCUCCAGAACAAAUUAAGUUCUUCACCUGAGGUACCACUGUACAGGAAUUUCACUGGCCAGAGGGAGAGUGAAUGGUUAAACAAAAAUAAGCUCUCUCAGAAUUAUAGUGCUGAUUCAAACCUAACAGUCAUCCAGUCCAAAUUCUGAUCGCAGCCUAUCACAACCUAGUGUCCUCUAGAUGUAGUUAGAUUCCAGUUCCCAUCAGACUCAGCCAGCCUGGCCAAUGGUCAAAGAUGAUAGAAGUCACAGUCCAAAAACAUCUGGAGGGCCACAGGUUGUGUGAGGCUGCUGUAGAUCCAAUUCACCCAUGUUGUACUGAAUAUAGACCAGUACAAAUAGACAGACAGAGCAAACAAGGUGUCCCACAGACAUAACUGCAUUUUUCCAGAAAGACUGCUUACCGCAAGCUGGAAAGGAGUGGUGCAGCCGAGGCACUUUGUGGCAGCCUUCUGGCUUCGACAUGGCCAGGGGAGGACAUCAGUUCCUCCUCCAUCAGCCGCACUGAGUGGUGGGGCUCACCCACACUUGCAACCAAUCACAGGCAACCUCGGGGGCAUUGGUAGGGAGCGGACCAGAAGGGAAACUUCUUCCCUCUGGUUCACUCCCUGGCCAUAAAAGCCAGGUGCACUUAGGCCCCAGCCUCAGUCAUGGGCAGCUUCCUCCAUCCACCCUUCUGUUGCCAUAUUUGGGACCAGGGAUGAAUUUGCCUUCAGACUAAUUGGGCCUUUCAGGCAAUUAGCCAGCCUCAUAGCAAUUGUCACAACUUGGUGUCAGAUAUGGCAUUGGGUUGGAUCUUUAGUCUAUCGGAUGGGGGGUGCCCUCCCUACUCCAAGGUCCUGGGAAUUUUGCUACCGCCAGUGUAAUAGUAUCAAUCUUAUCCCCAAGGAGAACCUUGACAUGAAGAGAGUCAGCAAUUCCAGGUUGUUCUGUUAGUAUUGGUUUGAUUAUAUGCUGUCUAACCUGUUUAUACAGACGGCAAUGUAAUAAAACGUGUUUCAUACAUUCAACAUUGCAAGAUAAUGUGCAUAGGAUUGUGUUUUUCAGGGGAAACAAAAUCAUAAGGCUGCAAUCCUUUCACACCUAGGAGUAAGUACCAAAUGACUCCAGGGGGACUUACUUUUGGAUAGGACAUAUAUAAGAUAGCACUAAAAAGUAUUUACUUGCCGGGGAGGAAAUAUUCCUCAAUACCCAAAAGGAGCAGUCACUGGAAAUGUUACUUAGAAAUUAUUAUACAAAUAAAUUUGCCAAGGCAAAUUGAGACGUUUCAUUUCACAUCUUGCCUUGUAAGAAUUCAGUUUUUGUGAUCAUUACAAUCUACCUUUCUUUCUUCUCUCUUUUUCACAGUCUGUGGACAGUCUGUGAUAUCUCCACGUAUUGUGGGAGGGAAUCCAGCCCCCGAGGGCGCAUGGCCAUGGCAAGUCAGCUUUAUGGAGAAGAACCAGCCUAUAUGUGGAGGCUCCCUCAUCAACGAGAAGUGGGUGGUGUCUGCAGCUCACUGCUUCACUAAGUGAGUAUCCAAUACCUGCAUGCCACUGGGGAGCCAUUAUGCAGCUUUGUCCCAGAGGCAGCUGUAAGGCCAGGCAGAUGGAGGGAGGGAGGUCUUUGAGAGACCAGUUGCAAAAACGAUGGAACAUUUGAGAACCAAAAACCUGCUGUUCCAUGAGGUGAGCCAUGGUGUCAGGGCGGGCCCAACAAUAUUUUUCUGACUGACGUGAAGAGGAAGAUGGUAUCCUCUCCAGGCUAUGUACCCAAGUGACUUAGACAGGCAGCUGAAUCUUCCUACAACACAGGCAGUGGGACAGCUUCCUCCACCACACCUAAGGGAAGCAGGUUAGCUUAGGGGUCUGAAGCAAGCUACAUGCUGCACACAGCUGUGUCCACCCAACACCUGACAGACUCAGGAAGAACAGCUGCUGCCAUUGCACCUUUUGCCCAAGGUGGCCACCUCCCUCUGUCCAAUGAUAGAGCAGUUCUUCCACCAAGCCUAUGACAAGGACUAGUGGAAAGUAGAGGCAUGGGGUGACUUGCCCAUAGAGGCAAGUGGCGCAGGGCGCCAAGUUCUGGAGGGCACCAGGGAAGAGGUGGAGGCUGGACAUGGAGCCUCCUGGCAUCAGGUCGCUGCCCUCGCCUACCUCCGCCAUGCCACGCUGAAGCAGCGCCGUGCCCGGAGCCUCCACCUGCCGUGCCCACCAUGGCAUGGGCACCAGGGAAGAGGCGGAGGCUAGGCGCAGUGAUUCCUGGUAUCAGCUUGCCGCCCUCGCCCGCCUCACUGAAGCAGUGCCACGCCCGGAGCCUCUGCCUCUUCCCUGCUGGAGGAGCCGCCGUCCAGCCACUGCCUGCCUCCUCCAGCCCCACAAAGCUGCCGGUAGCGCCGUAAAAAGGUAGGCAACUCUGGGAAACGGGGGGGGCAGAGGGAUUUUUGCACCAUGGCGCCGGAUAUACUUAAGACGGCCCUGAGUAGAGGUGAAUGUUAUGAAUAGUGGCAUGUUUAAAGAUGUGUCGUGUUAUAAGGCAUGGUCAACAAAGAAUAGCCACUCAAAGGAAGCAGUCUUGCUUGCGGACUCAGCAAGACAGGAUCUCAGGUUGCACAGAAACCAAAAUCCCUGCUUCACUUGCUUUUCACUCUUGUUUUCCCUCUUCCAGGGGUUACGAACAGUAUGAUGUGCUGCUGGGGGCCUAUCAACUCUCAAUCCCCCCAUCCAGCCUUGUGGUAACUGCUGUGGGGCAGGUUAUUUCUCACCCGGAUUAUAACGGCAAUGAUGGCUCUCCCGGGGAUAUCGCUUUAGUGGAGUUGACGGCCUCACUGGAUUUGAGCGACUACAUCCUCCCAGUCUGUCUGCCAGACUCUUCUGCACAGUUCUCUAUGGACACAUCCUGCUGGGUCACAGGCUGGGGGCAGGUUAAAGACGGAGGUGAGGAAAAGAGACAGGGCAUGCUCUCAUGGAGACCAGCCUUCCCCAACAUGGUGCCCUCUAGAUGGUUUGGACUACAGUUCCCAUCAUCCCUAGCCAGCAUGGCCAAUGGACAGGGACAAUGGGGGGUUGCAAUCUAAGUAUCCAGGGAGAACCUGGUUGAAGAAAUCUGUUUUAAAUUUUGAGGGCCAAACUAAAUAUUAUGUUGUUCAUGCUUGCUUAGAAUUACUACUUUUAUUUUGGAGGGAAAGUAUGCAACUGGGUUUGUGAUCCACAUUUGCAGGGAAGCAUUUCCAAAUUCAAUUACUGCUGAAAAAUCAGCCUUUCACAGCUGCUGUAUUCCAAGCCAAGUACUGUUUACUUCUAAAAAGCAGUAGAACAGGCUUCCCCAGUGCAGGUUACCAGGGGUGGAGGUUUGUCUGAGUGUUCAAAGUGUGGCGUGUUCUUCCACAAUGUGCUCACUGUUAAAAGUAUGUGUGAGGCACCCAGAACUCAGUUACAUUGGCAAAUAAAAAGUGCUUUUUAUGCGUUAUAACACUGUGACACCAGAUGGCGCUGUGGGGUCCCGUCUUUUGUCAACGUGAUUUCCCUUUAUGAAGUUUAGAACGCAUUUUCCUGAAACUUUUUUUUGGACGUGUCUAGAUCCAGCCCCAGAGACCCUCUAUUCCAUUUUCAUUCAGCUGUCCAAUUUUUGUCUUCUGCAGAGGCUUUGCCACCCCCACAAACGCUUCAGGAACUGGAGGUGCCCCUCAUUGACCGAGACACAUGCAACUCUCUCUUCAACAGUGCCCCAGCGCCAGACCUGCCUCAGAAUCCUGUCCUAGAUGAUAUGAUCUGCGCUGGUUACCCAGAAGGCGGGAAGGAUGCCUGUCAUGUAAGAUGCUCCCCAUCCUACAUGUCAUAAAACCAUUGCCAGUCUUGGGCCUGGUAUUAUUAGUGAAAACCAACUGUUCAGAAGUGUUGUAAGUUUACUCAGUGGGAACUUCUAUCCCUGACCCUACAGUAUCCUGAGAAGAGACAGGGAACUAAAUGCACUGUAAAAAGACGUGUGCCUACAGAACCCCAAGCCAUGUCUUCCUGACCUGGACCUAGUCCAUGGAUCAGCCAUACCCAGUCAACUGUCCCAGACACCCCUGAUUUACAGAAGCCACCUCGGCUUCUGAUGAGCUCCUGGGAUGUCCCAAUUUGGCUCCCACAAAAGCACAGCCCCAAAAGAUGAACGUUGGAGGGGGCACAAUCUCAGAAGAGUCACUUAAUUUAUGCAGGACCUCCACUCCGAAAGGCGCAUGUCCCGAUUUCACUCAGAGGCAUGUUGCCAGCAAGCUUUUUUUAGGGGAUCAAGGAGCUAAUCUUUCAGUGGUAAACUGGAUAGGGUCUGGGUCAACAUGGUGGGGCAGAGCCAAGAGCAAAUGAUUGCUCAGUGAAAUGAUUUAGAGGUGUAUAAAAUGAUGCCUGAUAUAAAGAAAAAGGAUAGAGAGACAAUUCGCCUCCCCGGCUCUCUCAUAAUACUAGAACCCAGGACCAUCGAAUUAAGCAGAAUGCUGAGGGAUGCAGGGUGGAUGAAAGGAAAUACGACUUCAUGCACUGCAUAGUUAAAACUGAAAUUUGUUCUCACAAGUUGCAGUGACAGCCAUCAACGUGGAUGGCUUUAAAGGGGGAAUAAACAAAUUCCUUGAGGAGAAGGCUAUCCAUGGCCAUGAGUAGGAAUGAGGGUUCAAUUAUAGGGGCUUGCAAGCGCCUGGCUUGCAAGUGAGACCUGAGCCUUACUCCAACUUAUCUAACCAUUAACCCAAAUCUGGUCUCAGGAGGCUUCCCAUAGUCACGUUCUAGCUGCCAUAUCCCCCUCUCUCUUUCUCUCCACAGGGUGACUCUGGAGGACCCUUGGUUUGCAGGUGCGAUGCGGGUUGGACCCUGGCUGGGGUUGUGAGUUGGGGAGAGGGCUGUGCUGAACCCAAACACCCUGGUGUCUACACCUUAGUGCCUUACUAUGCCAACUGGAUCUCCGACAACGUACCCAACAUAAGCUUUGUGGCGUGCAACCAUGCUGGAUGGCACAGUGCCCCCAUUAUGACACUCUUCCUUGCACCUCUUGCUCUGGCCCUCCCUUGA